AUGAGCCGUCAAUCAUUUCAGAAAAGGAUUUGCCUGCGUUGGGUAUGUGGAUUUUGUUUGAUAGGUCUGGUGUGGCUCAUGGUCUCAACAAUUCAACUGAACCAGCGACUUCAAGACCGCGUGUGCCUUGAGUGUAAUGUCGAGUCCUCCACAAAGCCUGAACAUCUACCUACAAAUCUUGAACCAACUACAGAUAUCAACACAGUCCAGGACUACCCAUACACAAUCGUCACCGCCGCUAGUGCAAACCACCUCUGUGCUCUCGAAAAUUUUCUCUACAAACUCAACCACCACCGAUCUCGGUUCGCCAACAAAGGAUUUCCUCGGAUUGUGGUCUACAACCUGGGGAUGAACCGCACCCAGCUGCCUGUUUUGGACCAGCUACAGGCCAAUGGAAAACUCGACGUUCUGGUUCAGUUUGAUUUCCUGGCCUAUCCUCACUUCUGGGAUGUGGCCAUGCGCCGUGGUGAGUACGCAUGGAAGACAGCGAUAGUGGACGAGAUGAGAGUUCGGUUUGGAGGCAUAGUGGUCUGGCUGGAUGCGGGCAACGUGGUGACUGCAGAUUUUGUGCGGAUGAUCCCAGGUAUCGUCCGACGCCAAAGGGGUUUUUGGUCUCCUCGCAGUCAGCACACCGCCAAGAUCUGGACACACCCACGCAUGUUUGAGUACUUUGAGGUCUCUGCAGAAAACUAUGAGAAUGUGGAGAACUGUAAUGGGGCCGCUCUUGGGUUCGACACAUCGGAUCCAAAUAUUGUCAAUGGGCUGAUAUUACCCUGGCUGGCAUGUGCCAAGGCCAGAGAAUGCAUUGCACCCCCAGGGUCGUCGAGGCUCAAUCAUCGCCAAGACCAGGCUGCCAUCACUCUACUGGCCCACCACCAAGGCCACGUCUGUACCAAGCCAGCAUCAGCCUUUAGACUCCAACUGCAUCGGGACACUUCCUGUAGAUCAGAUCUACUUGGGCUCGAUCUGCAGCACAGAUUAUUCCAUCCGUCCUCAAUUGAUUUGCCUCCCUGGCGUGCCAGUGACACCGUUCGACUCUAUCACCACCCUGAGUGGAGAUAUCCACAAGACAAUGUUCCUUCUGCAAUUAAGCAGCUUAUCCUAGAGGGACCAUGA